AUGCAUCCUGAGGACCAAGCCCACACCUCCUUCAUCACGGAUCGUGGCCUUUACUGCUACAAAGUCAUGCCCUUCGGUCUCAAGAAUACCGGGGCCACAUAUCAGCGUCUGGUAAACGCCAUCUUCGCUCCCCUCAUUGGCCACACCAUGGAGGUUUAUGUUGAUGACAUGCUCGUCAAGAGUCGCACUACUGACCAGCACAUCCCCAACCUCUCAGCCAUGUUCACCAUUCUGAAGCAGUAUAAGAUGAGGCUCAACCCCACCAAAUGCGCGUUUGGGGUGGCUUCAGGCAAAUUCCUUGGCUUCAUGAUCAGCCAGAGGGGUAUUGAGGCCAAUCCAGAGAAGAUCAAGGCCAUACUAGACAUGGCAAUACCCAGGACGAUCAAGGACAUCCAGAGCCUUACCGGGCGAGUCGCAGCCCUGACCAGAUUCAUCUCAAAGGCCACUGAUCGCUGCGCCCCCUUCUUUAAGGCACUUAAGGGUAGCAAGCGGAGUAUUACCUGGACCGCUGAGUGCGACGAAGCUUUCAACGAGCUGAAGGCGCCGUACUUUCAGGCUCAUACCAUUCAUGUCUUAACCAAUCAACCACUUCGGCAAGUAUUGCAGAAGCCAGAGACUUCUGGGAGGCUAGUCAAGUGGGCCAUUGAGCUUGGCGAAUUUGAUAUCCACUACAAACCCCGCCCAGCCACGAAGGGCCAGGCCGUGGCUGACUUUAUAUCUGAAUUCACUGAACCCCAUGCCGUGGCCAGUCCACAGAUCACGAUGGAGCCCACUCCCACCCCGAGCCAGGCCCACAUUGCCAGCAACGGUACCCUAGACCUGACACAGCCCUUAUGGACUUUGUAUGUGGAUGGCUCUUCCAACGCCCAGGGAUGCGGAGCUGGCCUUGUUCUCAUCUCUCCGGACAAGACUGUCCUUGAGUACGCCCUUCGCUUCCAAUUCCACGCCUCCAACAAUGAGGCCGAAUACGAAGCACUCUUAGCUGGCCUCCGGUUAGCCAAAGAGAUGGGUGCUCGGCAAAUUCAGAUUUUCAGCGACUCACAGCUCGUUAUCCACCAAGUCAACCAGGACUUCACUGCCAAGGACAUGUCCAUGACAGCCUACCUCCAACAUACCCGCCAUUUGCUUACAACCUUCAACGCUUAUUUCAUAAGCCAGAACCAGACGCUACCCGCUGACCCUGCUGAGGCGCGGCGUGUUCGCUAUCGCUCCGCCCGAUACCUGAUCAUUAAUGGCGCCCUGUAUAAGCGCGGAUUCAGCUUACCUUACCUUCGAUGCCUGACCCCAGAUGAAGGCCACUAUGUCCUCCGGGAAAUUCACGAAGGCAUCUGUGGUAGUCAUUCAGGCGCCCGCUUCCUUGCGGAUAAGCCAUGGUCAGUCCUUGGCCAUUCGCCCAGUGGGGACUUGACCUCAUUGGACCUAUGCUCGAGGGCAAAGGCCAGGUCAAGUACGCAGUCGUGGCCGUUGACUACUUCACUAAGUGGGCUGAGGCUGAGGCCCUAG